UGAAAAUGCUUGAGAUGGGGUACAAAAAGAUGAGAGGAGCUUUAGCUAACCGACCACAGAAAAUGAGAAAGAAUGGGCGGAUCAACUUUAUCGUCCAUUGAAAUGGUGAGCUGGUUGCUGCUGCUGGUGAUGAGUGUGGCUGCUGCUGCAAGAUCCAUAUCCAGUGCCACUAAAUGCAUUGAUGGGGAGAGAGAAGUACUCCUCAAGUUCAAGCACAGCGUUCUUCACAUGCAUAACUUUCUCAGCUCUUGGGGCAACCACAGUGAAGAUUGUUGCUUCGGUUGGAAGGGAGUUGGGUGCGAUAACAUUACUGGUCAUGUCAUCAGGAUCGAUCUUUCUGGUACGUGGAAUCUGUCCUCGAAAGUUGGAUAUACCAGCAUUCCAUUCAUUUAUGAGCUGCGCUAUUUGAAGUAUUUGGAUCUUAGUGGUAACUUUGAUUUACUGGCACACCAGAGCAUCUCAUCUUUGAUUGGGAACAACAAUAGUAAUAACGCUAGUAUUAUAGUUUCCAUUCAACAUCUCAGUCUAGCUAACACGGGAAUUCAUGGCACCAUUCCUGAAAAUUUUGGAAACAUCAUGCGUUCCCUCACGCAACUUGAUCUCAGUUAUAAUUGGUUAGGAGGCUCCAUUCCUGAAAAUUUUGGGAACAACAUGCCUUCCCUCAUGCACCUUGAUAUCGGUCAUAAUAGCUUACAAGGCUCCAUUCCUGAAAAUUUUGGAAACAACAUGCCUUCACUCAGGCACCUUGAUCUCAGUUAUAAUCGGUUAGGAGGCUCCAUUCCUGAAAAUUUUGGAAACAACAUGCUUUCCCUCACGCACCUUGAUAUCAGUCAUAAUAGCUUACAAGGCUCCAUUCCUGAAAAUUUUGGAAACAACAUGCCUUCACUCAGGCACCUUGAUCUCAGUUAUAAUCGGUUAGGAGGCUCCAUUCCUGAAAAUUUUGGAAACAACAUGUCUUCCCUCACGCACCUUGAUCUCAGUUAUAAUAGGUUGGGAGGCUCCAUUCCUGAAAAUUUUGGAAACAACAUGCCUUCCCUCACGCACCUUGAUCUCAGUUAUAAUCGGUUAGGAGGCUCCAUUCCUGAAAAUUUUGGAAACAACAUGCCUUCCCUCACGCAUCUUGAUAUGAGUUGGAAUGGGUUCAAAGGCUCCAUUCCUGAAAAUUUUGGAAACAACAUGUCUUCCCUCACGCACCUUGAUAUCAGUUACAAUAGCCUAAAAGGCUCCAUUCCUGAAAAAUUUGGAAACAACAUGCCUUGCCUCGCACACCUUGAUAUCAGUCAUAAUAGCUUAGCAGCCUCAAUUCCAGAAAAUUUUGGAAACAACAUGCCUUCCCUCACACACCUUGAUAUGAGUCAUAAUAGCUUAGAAGGCUCAAUUCCUGAAAAAUUUGGAAACAACAUGCCUGCCCUCACAUACCUUGAUAUCAGUCAUAAUAAUUUAGGAGGCUCAAUUCCUGAAAAUUUUGGAAACAACAUGCCUGCCCUCACAUACCUUGAUAUCAGUCAUAAUAAUUUAGGAGGUUCCAUUCCUGAAAAUUUUGGAAAAGGCAUAUCUGUUGUCAUAGCCCUGGCGAAUCCCGGGCUACGUGGAUUCAAUGAAGAUAUGAAUAAGCUUAUUGGCAUUGAGUUUUACGCAAGCAUGGAAGUCGGAUAUGUGGUUGGAUUUUUGGGACUUAAUGUAACAAUGCUAUUCAACAGGCCCUUUAGGUUUGCAUAUUUCAAAUUCCUUCAAGAUGUUGUUGAUUGGGCUUAUGUUGUAGCUGCAGUCCACAAAGCAAAGUUUGUGAGAAUACUUGGGGUUAACAGGUGGAGUCGUGAUGGGGCUUGAGGACAGUUUGGAAUGACACUGAAAGAAGACAGUGCUCCGAGUAUUGCUGCAGUUCAAGAUGCUCUGCAUGUUUGAUUGAGGAUCUGAUAGCCAAGAAAGCUUAAAUGUGAUCCCAAUUUUCCAGAUUUGGCAAACUAGGUUACUGAGGAGACAUCACCAUAAGUCUUUCGCUUAAUAACCCUGUUGAUUGUGGCAUAUUAAAACCUUGUUGUAUUUGGCUUGUUUUAUUUCAUUUGAUGAUAUAUCUCGUAGAAAUUACUCAAAAUAGGACUAUAACUAUGUCAAAAACUCAAAAUAGUACUUACUAUGUUUUUCUUUUCAAAAUAGGACCAUAUUAGUCCUAUUGGAAACAUACAUAUUUUUUCAUUC